GUUGUGUAAUAAUUGAUAAGUGUCAAAAAAUGUAUCGUUAAUUAGUAUUUAGAUAAAUAAAAAAUGAUCAAUUUAAAAUUUUUUAAUUAUCUACUACGAUGACAGUUAAAUUUUUGAAUUAAAAAUAAUUUUGUUUGAGUGGAUUUUUAAUUUUUGGAGUAACUUUUUGACAACCCGUAGACAUGACAAAGUUUUUAUUAAUUUUAUUUAUACAUAUAUUUAUAUUUACAAAUGUAUCAGCUUCUACGGGUGAUAGAUCACAAUUUUACAGGCAAUGUUUACUUGUUUGUUAUUCCAGUAGUUGUAAGCACAACGUGGAAUUUGAAAUCGUCUCAUUUGAUGACGGUGGAUUUUUAUCGUGGUCAUGUGAAGAAAAUUGCCGAUAUGAUUGCAUGUGGGAAACAGUUAAUCAUUUUAUUGAUCAUGGACUUAAAGUUCCGCAAUUUCAUGGCAAGUGGCCAUUUAUUAGAAUGUUCGGAUUCCAAGAGCCAGCGUCUGUAAUAUUUUCGAUUUUGAAUUUCUAUGCGCACAUUAUGAUGUACCGUAAAUUUCGUCGGGAAAUAAAAUCGUCUAUGCCAAUGUCUUUAAUCUGGACUUAUUUUACUGUCGUUUGUUUGAAUGCUUGGUUCUGGUCAGCAAUUUUCCACGCGAGAGAUAAACCAUUUACCGAAGUAAUGGAUUACUCUUGUGCAUUUACGAUGGUCAUAACACUUUUAUACUGUAUGCUGAUAAGAAUAUUUUAUAAAAAUAAUAAAUUAUUUGCUGUGAUAACUUUUGGGUACAUCAGUAUGCUCUCCGUUCAUUUGUCCCAUUUGUGGUCAGGAAAAAUUAACUACGGAUACAAUAUGAAAAUAAAUAUAGUGUUUGGAUUUUUGACGUUUCUUAUCACAGUUAUUUGGUGGUAUCGUAAUUCUUCAAAACUUACUCACUCUUAUCUUAUCGGGUGGUUUACUAUCUUGACUGUGGCUGUUACUCUAUUAGAGGUAGCAGAUUUUCCUCCAAUAUUUUGGACCCUUGAUGCCCAUGCUCUCUGGCACGCUUCCACUGCUCCGCUUGUUUAUCUCUUAUACAAAUUUAUGAUCUCAGACUGCCAUUAUUUAAGAAAGCAAUAUAGUUAUCAGGUAAUAUCAGACAUUCAUGUUGAGUAAUAAGUAGAAUAAAUAUAAUAAUUAAUUUAAUUUUGUAAAUAAUAGACAUUUGUAGGUAGAAAAUGAAUAAAAAAUUUUUUUUAUUUUUUUAUAUUUUACAAUAACUUUCUUUCAUUUUUUUUAUUACAAUUUCUUAUCUAAUAGAUUUGUAUCAGAUAAUGGAUACAAAGAACAGUUGAUAAAAAUGAAACAUUUGUUUGUUUUUUACAUAAAAUAUAUGAAUAAUUGUCAGGUGAUUCCUUAAAAAAUAUAUGAAGUAUGCACAAGCUGUGAUUAAGAUUCAAUGGCCUCUACAAAAAAAAAAAAAAAAAAAAAAAAAAUGAACAA